GGAAAGGAGGAUAUAUUGGAAAAAAUACAAGGUGAGGAAGUGGGUGUGAAGGAAAUGGAGGAUACAGUGCUGAAGCCUACUGUCACGGCUAAGGAGAAGCUGAUUUUGCCACAACCAAAUGUGGCAGAAGAGACUGAGAGUGAGAGCUCUGGAUAUGGAUCGUAUGAGACUGACAAUGGAUCGGGGGAAGAGGACCAGACAGAUUACGCAGACUUUGAUGAAGUUUAUAUGGAUGUUUGCUUUCAAAGCUGGGAGCUAGUCCACGUAAGAUUUCUAGGAUGUGCUGUGCUGCGAUGUGCUUUUUGGAGGCUGCGUUAAACUGGAAGCUACUGCAAUUGUUUUUGGGAUGCUGCGUUUUUUUGUGUGCUGUUUUUUGCAGCAGGGCCAAGUUUAUUAAGGAUGUGGUUUUUUGCUUUGUGAUGGUUUUAUUUAGGUUAGAUUAGUCUAACUCAGAUAGAUAUUUUGAUCCG